UUUAUUUUUUCUUCUAUUUACCAGUGGACAUUUCAAUUUUUUAUUACGAUUUCUAAUUUCGAAAAUCAGAUUUGUUAUGCCAUAGGUUGCUAUGGUUAAAUCGAUCGUCGCGGCGACAUAUUUCUAUCGCCGUCUUUACAUUCUUAUCACCACUUUGCGUUAAGAGAGUCUGUAAAAUCGAUGAAUUAAACUAUUAAUUUCUCUCAAUUUAACAAUUAUUUUCUCUUAAUUUAAUUAACGAGGUAAUGACAAUCUGAUCGAAUCUGCUCGAUAAGCAGUUCAAGAUUAAAGUUAAUUAAUAACAACGAUGACAUUGGCGCUCUCAAGAAUAGAUUACACCACGGUAGGUGUUACCUCACGUGGCACAACUAUCAUAUUUCCGCCUAAUGAAGCAACGAAACAGCCGCAAAAAUUCGCCGUUGCAGAUCACGAUGGCAUAUUGCACAUUUACGGCAUGAAAAGAGGUGAACUGCAAUUGUCAUUUAAAUCUUUGCCCGGUCCAAAAAUCCAUAAAAUGGUUCUUGGUGGCUCGGUAGGUCUGUCGAGGGACAAGAUUUUCUUAGCAUAUGAUAGCUCUGUGAAGGGAUUUACGAGAAAGGGCAAGCUAUUCUUGGAGUUCGAUACCAGUCUUAUAGAUCCAAUUUCUGCCUUAUAUGUCCUCGGUCCUGAUCUCGCUGCGUGCGCGCGCGAUCUCUAUCACAGGUACAGGGAUUGUAAGGACGCCGACUCCUACCUGGCCGGGGAAACUUUGCACGACGUCGUGCUUUUACCCGGAGACGGCAAUGUGGUGUACGCUAUCCUCGCUUGUGCAGACUGCGCGGUACGCGUCUUGCAUGGCACAAGAAGUCCGACAGUCCUGAGAUUGCCGAGUGCUCCCACGGUACUCUCUGUAUAUAGAGAAGGAGAGGUAUACUCGAAGGAUCGCGUGUUGGUUGGCACCGCGGAUGGUAGAAUCGGACUGCUGAUUCUUCAAGGUAAUAAAACUCUCCGAAUCACCUGGCUGUUGACUUCGACAGGCUCGGGAAUCACUUCGAUGGAUACUCAUCAGUUGCAGGACGACAUAGACAUCCUCGUGGGUCGACAAGACGGAACUGUCGAGGUGUACACUUUUCCCGAUGAAGAUGUAACGUCCAUUCUACGCUAUCACUAUAAUGCAGGCGAAAGUAUUAGUACAGUCGUGGGUGGUAUAAUUGGCAUCGCCAAUUAUGCUGAAGUUCUCGUAACGACUUACUCAGGCCGAGUAUUCGGAUUGACUACCAGUCCGCCUGGCUUACUAGAAGCAGGACAGAGCGAUGUUGGAUUGGCCAGAUUAAAACUGGAGAUACAACAACUGCAGGAGAAAUUGAAUGAGGAGAAAGAGUCGUCCAAUUUCAUGUCGGAUCCUCUAGCACCCUUGAUAUUGGCACUGAAUCAUAAGAUGAUGUUGCAUAAGGAGGACGCGUCGUAUUCCCUCUCUGUAGAGUUGGAUGCGUCGAUCGACAAUAUUCUCAUACAAUCAGACACACCUAUCGACCUGUUGGAGACGGAGAACAAUAGCGCAGUAGUCAGUCUGUCCGCUUGCAAUCCUACAGAGAGCAAUUUUGUCCUUGCUACUUAUCGAUGCCAAAUUAAUACAAAUCGUUUGGAAAUGCGAUUGAGAUCAAUUGAAGGUCAACCGGGUACCUUGCAGAUUUACGUAACAUCCCAGGUACAACCGAAGCGCUGCCGUAAAAUCUUGAUUCCUAUUUACGCCUUGUCUCUGCACGUCAGGCAACACGAGGACGAUGACACCACGCAAUCCAGUGGUCCGUUUAACGAAUUGAAAUUAAACGGCAAUUUCACGAUUGCCGAGAUGCAUGCGUGGCUUUCGCUGAUAUUACCAGAUGUGCCUGAAAGACCUCACAUUCACGAGGGCGAAGCUGUCUUAGUGUACAUCUCAUCCUUCAUCGGGACGGUCCUCAAAUGCAAAUAUAAAAAAGGAAGCGCGCUUUUUCUCGGCGAGAAUAUAUCCAGUAUCAUAAUUCUUAGAGAUAUAUUGACGAAGGAAGCGACGAAACGAAAGAUAAAGCUAGAUGUAUUCUGCGAAGUAGCAGAAGGAAGUAUAUCUAGAGUCCUAGAAUUGAUUCUUCCGCGACUGAAUGCGGCCUACGAUUUAAUACAGAAGAUAAAAGUUCUGGACGCUCUCGAGGAAUGGGAGCUCAAGUUCAAUCCGAAGGAAAAUUUAUGUUCCGAGUAUCAAGAAUUGUUGGAGAAGGAAACGGAGAUCAGAUCGCUUAUGAUUAAGGAUACCGAGAUUCUGAACAGAUUGCACGCGAUCAUUACUGACUUAUACGUAGACUGGGAACGAGCGAAACGAUCUCGAAGGAUUAGUAGCAAAGAAGCCAUGGCGAAGCUUCAAAAUGCUCUUGAAUCCAGGGAUCUAGCCACUAUCUUGCAAAUGUUCAUCGGUAAAACCGAUGCGAGCGGGUCCACACUAAUACCUGCGGCUAUUUAAACGUAUCAGAAGUCGCAAAAGAAGUGGACCAAUAUAUUUCUAUAAACAUAUUCAAGU